UUGUUUCGAGUCGUUUUGGGUUUGGGGGAGCCAUUUCUGUCAGUUGCCAUUUCCCAGUGAUUGAGCAAUGAUUGGCCUUUGGAGUUUCGGGGAUCGGUCACAAGAUCAGGGAGACGGUUCAUCAAUGGGAAGGAAUUCUUCCCUGACAUCGACCAAUAGCAGUGCUGGAACCGGAAGUAGUCAGUGCGGAACGCUUCAGAAGUGUGUGGUUUAUCUUUCGGUGGUGGCUUUGGCUUUGGUGGGUUUGGGCUAUGAUCCGUAUCAGAGGAUUCUGGAGCAAGCUGCCGCAGCUGAGGCCGAGUCACAGGCAGAACAUGAUGCAUUCUUCACCGGGAUUGAAGAAGAAGCACCGGAAGAGGAGGAUUUGGAAAUCAACUACCAACCCAAUCUUUAUUUGGGACGCAUUUUUGGUCCACUUUUGGUAGCAUGGCUGCUGUACGUUUGCAAGAACGUUGGACUAGUGAGAAAUGUUUGUGGUUUAGGACAUUUGGUGAUCAGUUUGUGUUAUUUACUGGCUCAUCUGCCUGAAGAUAUGGAUGGAGUGUUGAUGACUUUUGGAUUUAUCUCGGAGCUUUUCUGGAGUGCUAAACUGUUAAUCUACUUCUACUUAAUUACUAUAUACAGUCCAAUGCAUGAACGACUUUCGUGUAUUAUCUACGGAAUCAUAGCCCUUAAUUUGGGAGCCGUUACCCUACCCUGGAUUGUAAACUCCUUGGAAGAAAUUUGGAGCGAUGCACAGUAUUACCUCAACAUGAUUAUCUGUUUGCUGCAUCUAGGAAUGUUUCAUCCGUUUAUCUUCUGCAAGGACGCGCUGAUGGAAUCUUUUGAAGAAUUCAAACCAUUCAUCUAUCGGAAACUUAUCUUCGUCACCGCAACGGCGCUCAUUACACUGACUGGAAUUAGCAACGUUAUACUGCAAUGGUUAUUCAACAACAACGAAACUCUGAAUCGACCGUUUCAACCAUUCCUUGUAGCCGACGAUUCGUGGGAAACUUUCUGGAAUGUACUCCUGAACGGAGUCGCAUUUACCCUGCUAGGAUCUCUGGGACUGUUCCUUCGAACCGGAUCUUCGUUUGCCAUUUGUUCUCAGGUGGCAACUUUCCUAUCAGGAGUAGCCUAUUUCUACUACGAGGAAGAUUGUGCCGCCCGGAUGGCCAUUCCAAUGACGGCCUUCACUUUCGCCACAGCGUUGGAGAUACUUCUGGAGUUAUGCUCUCCGGAAAAAUUGAUCCCAUUGCUGGCUCUGGUUUUUAGUGGUAUAAAUUUGGCACCCUACGGAACGUUCCUGUUAAUAGAGCUGCUGUGGAGUUCGCCGGAUAUAGUUCUGGUGGUGAUUUGGGCCCUCAAUGGAUUCUGUUCCCUGGUGAUGCUGGUACUGUGCCGUGAACUUGGUCAGCGGAAGUUGGACGACUCCCGAAUGGAACAAUUUAGGGAUGUUAGUGGGAGUAGUUUUCAAACUGUGAUAACCACAAUUGCUUAGUUCAAAAAGGCUUUGAAAAAGCUUUAAUACUAGUUUGUCUAACAUUUAAAAUGUUGCAUUCGGUCAAAAGUAUAGAAAGUUUGAUUCUGUUACAUCGGUGUAUGAUUUUCUAUGAGAAGAAAUAAUAAGAAAAAAUAAAAGACGAAUGCUCGGAUAGUGAUGUUAGUUGAUGAAAAAUAUUUAUUAAUGGUUCUAUUAAAGACCUUCAAGAUAAUGGCAUUGC